CCAAGUUUCGAUGGUGGGUUGCGAAAGCGUGGGAAUGAUCCAGGGGCGCCGAUGUAGCCUGCCUUCCCCUCAGCGUCGCCAAGGAGCAGCAGCAUCAGCUCCUCUUGCAGCUGCACGUGAUUUACGCCCGGUCAGCCAGGGGAUACUGCUUCAGGACCGGGUUUGUAUUGGCCCAGAGUUUGCUUGUCCUUUGGUCGCGGGGCGGGCGUCGAAAGGCUGCGGUGAAAAGCAACCCAGACCCCAAACCGUCUCGCCGCGUGUUGCCCGCUUCAUUGGAUUCUUCCCAAGCCCGAGCUUUGCACCCUCGCAACAUCGCAAUGGACCCCUUCAGCAUCACCGCGGGCGUUGUGGGCAUCGUCGGCCCAACGCUCCACUGCGUAAAGCUGCUGGCUGAUGACAUACAGAAAAUUAUCGGCGCGCCUGACACCCUCAAGGCACUCACCGAGGAUCUAGAGUUCCUUAGGCUUACCCUCGUCUCGGUCAAAGACAUUACGACUCCCCAGUGGAAAUCCCUAGGGGAGCCGGUUGUCAAGCAAUCCGAGGCUGCGAUAGCCUCCUGCAAGGACUCCUGUGACACUUUCCAGGCCUCCCUCAAGCACUGGACCAGACACAGCAAAGAUGACGGGACGCUGUCCUGGCGCGACCGCACAGCCCUCGGCCUCUACAGAGACGGCCACGUCAAAUCCAUGUCGGGUCAGCUGAAGAGCUGCUGUUCCGCGUUGUCUUGCGUGUCCAACGUUGCGACGCUGCACGCCUCCCUCCAACAGACCCAAGCGACCGAGGCGAUCCAAACGACGAUAUCGACCAAGGAGGCCGCCAUCGCCGAUGCGCUUGCGGCAAUGGACGAGCAACUCGGCCAGAUGAACGACAAGCUGGUAGCGCUUUGCCUCUCGAGACCGGCUGAGGGCGAGACGGACGCCGACAAGACCAGUGCCACCAACCAGGUCGCGAUGGAGCGCAAGGCCAUGGGCGAGUCUCGCCAAGUGCUCGAGGAGCUGCUUUCGGUUGUCCAGGCAGCGGCGCAAAGUGCGAGCGGAAGCCAGGGUGUUACGGUGACUUUUGGGAGCCACAACUCGGGCCAGCAAAUCGGAACAAGCCACGGCUCCGUCGUGUUCAACGCAAAGGCGUAGGGGCUGGCUACGUUAUAUCGCUUGUAUCUGUGUCUGUUUGUUUCGCCAUCAAUAGCGUCCUAAUCUAGGUGUCUCGACCGAGCCUGCCAUGUCUCAACCAUUCCCCCACAACUGGCAGGGUCGCUUACAGCAAUCACCCCAUGUAUAAGCGUCUCGCAGGAAGACCCUGUUUUAUGUGCCCAUCCCAUCGCCGAUCCUACCUUUCCUUACGUACAGGCUUCCAUGCCGCCAAGUAAGUGAGGGGCACAGUACAAAUGCGCAUCCAAGACCCCA